AUGUCACAGGACGGUUUUAAUCAGAAGAAGGAAUCUAUUUUACGAAAAAUUAACUCUGGUUUAGGCGAUUUGUCUCCUAAAGGUAGCAUUGAUGAGUUAUGUCUUCCCAUCAUAAAAUUAGUAAAUUCUCAUGAUGACAUGGUUACGAGUUCGUCUUGUUCUGGGAGGCUGAGUGUAUUUGUCGAAGGUAAUAAGUUAAAGAAUGCUGAACAUGUGAAGUUGGGCGGAAAGGGAUUGGGAGGCCGCUGGUUAUUUGUAACUCAUGAUAAGUCUGAUGUGUUGAACUGGUCAGACAAGCUUAGUGAAGAACUCAUUAAGAAUACUGCUACCAAUUCUGGGGAAAUAAGCAAAGGAACAAGGUUAGUGCUCUACAAGUAUGAGCCUUUUAUAUUGCAUGUGAAGUGCCGGAAUUUUGAUGUUGCUUCGAAGCUGUAUAACAUAGCGAUGUCAUGUGGGUUUCGAGAAAGUGGUAUUGGCAGCAAUAAUGUUGUUGCUGUCAGAAUUAGUAUGGGAUUAAAUAUUCCUAUUGGAUAUUUAAACGAAAAUACUGGUAAACUCAAUAUGCUAGUGAGCCAAGAUUAUAUUUCUGUAGUGGAUGCAUUGACGUUUGGUAAAUUCGAAGAAAACGAGAGGAAAAUAAAGGAAUUGUAUCAGAGUAUUGAAUUAAAUAUGAUACAUGGAUCUAAACCAGAGGAUUUCGAAGUAAUUGAAUCGAAGGAGGAACGGCGUGAGAGGAAGCGGCGGGAAGGCCUUAAUAAACAGAAACAAGUACAACAAGAAAAAUCGACCGCAACCUCAUCUUCACUUUCACAGACAUGCGCUGAACACUUAAGUUGA